AUGACAGAACUUGCUGUUGGUACUGAUGAAAACCCAUUAAUUAAAGAUUCAUUGGUCAGGGAAGUUUAUAAUAAGUCCAGAAAAUUUUCUGUUGGAGAAAAAAUUACAGACGAUGAAAUUGCUAAUUUUUGUUUAAUAAAUGGCGAGCAGUUUUUCAUUGGCCAUGAUUUUCAAGCAAAUUGUGAGACGAUGUUUUUUGGUUUUGAGAAGGCAAUUCAAUUUGCAAAAGAAGCCACAGAUUUAUUUUGCGAUGGAACUUUUAAAAUUACACCAAAACAUUUUCAAAAAGGACAGAUGCUAACAAUUAUGAUUUGUGAACCUUCAACAAAUCAAUAUCUACCACUUUUAUUUAUAUUCAUGAAAAACCGCACAUUUGAAUCUUAUAAGAAGGCAUUUGAAUAUAUUUUUACUGUCAAGGGUAUUCAAUUUUCAAAGCUAAUUCAAAUUCAUUGUGAUUUUGAAAAGGGAAUGAUAGAGGCACUUCAACAAAUUUUCCCUAAAGUCCGUAUAAUUGGAUGCCUAUUUCAUUUCAAACAAGCUUUACACAGGAAACUUGUAGCACUUUAUACAAAAAAUUUCAAUACUUUACAAAAUUCUUUAUUUAAGCUAUAUUCUAUUACUCCAUUCAUGUCUCAUGAAGAAUUUGUACUUACAAUGCAUAUAAUUAAUCAAAAUAAAGUUGAUUCGAUCAAAGAUUAUAUUGAUUAUUUCAACAAAGUUUGGUUGCCGCACUACAAUUUAAUAUCUCAAUAUAAUAAUGCAACUGCAAUAUUCACUAAUGAUUGCCUCGAGAGUAUGCAUUCAGAAUUUUCUUCGUUAAAACAUCCAAACAUUUAUGAAGCUAUUAAGAAGAUAUCUCAAAUCCAAUUAGAUAAAUAUAACGCCAUCAAAAAUAACCAGAAGAUCGAGCGCCAUAUAAAAACCGUUAUCACUGAUAGCUACAAAAAUUAUAUUCUUGACUGCUUUCAAAAAGAACUUGAGAAAACAAUUUUUUCUAUCAAACAAUACAACGUAAGUGAUCUUUCUUUGGCUCAGAACGAGAUUUCUCCAUAUGGUUCCAUAGAAUCGAGUUCAUUGUUCGAAAAUAUUCCAGUUCAUGAUGCAGAUAUACUCAAAUCGAUCGAUCUAACAGAUAAAGAUACAAUGAUCACUAAGUUUAUUAAUGAAAAAAGAGAAAAAAUUAUGGCAUUAUUUAAUGAAACAUUAAAUCAUCCAGAUUUUAAUUCAUCCACUCCAAUUCAAACUAAUUUUGAGCAAGCCGAUACAAAUCAAGGUUCAGAUGCUCCAAUUCGCUCCGAAAAUUCAAAUAUUGCAGACUCUACAGAUUUAGAACCAGAAAAUCAAAACCAUCCUUCUACAAAUCAAAUGUCUAGUAAUCUAGAACAUAAGCUGGACCUUCUUGAUCAUAUUGAAAAACAAUUAUCGAAAAUGCGCUCGUUAUUGGGAAUUCUUCCUACUACAAAUGCUAUUGUUGGGCCGUCAAAACAAGUUUCAGUUAAUAGCAAGCAAAAUUCUGAAAAAAAUAAGAAAAAAUCUUCCAUAACAACAAAAUCAAACAAUAAAAAACAAAAUUCAUCCGACAAUCCUCCUAAACGUAAAGCUCCUAUUUCGGAAAGGAUUCUCAGCGAUAAUAACUUAUAUUUUCAAGUUCAUCGAAAGAGAUCGAAAAGCAAACGUUCCACAUCUACAGAGAAAAAGAAUUGA